AUGGCUGCAUUUCUAAUGUUAAAUGUUAUGAAUGAGACUCAUAAAAAACAUGCGCUACGGGUGUUUCGCGAUAGAAAUAAUCCGCUGGACUAUCUCAAUGAUGUUGAGGUAGUCGAGAGGUAUCGUUUGCCCAGGCGGUAUCUCUACGAGUUAACAGAUUUAGUGCGGGGAGACGUAGAGCAUCCUACAAACCGAAGCAAGGCUGUACCAGCUGUUAUUCAAGUUUUGGCUACAGACAGGUGCCUAACUAAGGAGAUAUUUUAUUCUGAAUGUGCAGACCUACAUGGAAUUUCCAAGUCAAGUGUUUGUGUUGCCAUGGACAGAGUUUUGGCAUCAUUCUGUCAUCGACUACAGAACAUUAAAUUUCCUUCAAGUGAGGAGGAAAUUCGCCAAACUAAAACAGAAUUUUUUAGGAAGGCACAAUUUCCUAAUGUGCUGGGAGCUGUAGAUGGUACCCUAAUAAAGAUACAGGCCUCAUCUGAUAAUGAACCUAGCUAUGUGUGCCGGAAAGGUUUCCAUGCCCUUAAUGUUCAAGCUGUAGCCGAUGCCACACUUAGAUUCACCGAUCUGGUUUGCAAGUGGCCUGGAGCUGUUCAUGACAGUUUUGUUUUUGAAAAUUCCAACUUAUACCAGAUAUUGAGUCAUGGUUGCAGUGGAUGGCUUCUGGGAGAUUCUGAAUUCCGGAAGGAGUUAAACAGCGCAGACUUCGCACAUGCCAGAGUUGAACGAUUGUUCUAUUCUGACCUCAGAGAAGUUCACAGUGACGGUUGA